GUGCAAUGACAUAAAAAUGACAGUAUCAUCAUCGACCAUUGGCUUUGCAGAAAUGAAAUGUUUUCACGUUCGCAAAAAAUUCCAAUUUUCAUCGAUCAAUUAGUGCAUUUGAACGCAUUAAACGAUUGACAAAACGUGUGCAUCGUUUCAAUUCAAUAAAAGUUAUGAAAAAUCGAAACCAUUCAAUCAAAGUAACGUGCCUGUGAAGAUCGUGGAAAUGUGUUUUUUUUUCUGCUGCCUUCGCCCAUCGUUUAAUUAAAUAAAGUGUAUUCGAUUCAACUGUAUAUAACACACCUGACGUACUGUGUGUUUUUACGAGAAAUUUGUUAACUUUUCGUUUCCCAUUUAAUUGUGCAAUCAAAUUUAGUGUCGAUUAUAUUGUGCUGAUUCAUCGCAACGGCAGCGAUAUUUUGUUUAUAAACAAGAGUCGAGAGUUGAUUUUCUUGUUCUUUCCUAUUUCUUUUUUCUUAUUUAAAUGUUAAAUGUCCAUCGUAAACAGUUUACAUAACCAAAACAAUGGCUAGGAAUGUAAAGUGUCCACAUUUGGAAUUUGUGUCACCACUUUCGAUAUCGGAACUCAGCACACAGAAACAGGGACAGCCAUGUUCUCGUUGCGAUACCAGGGGACAAAAUCUUUGGAUUUGUCUGUACAAAAAUUGCCUUCAAACCGGUUGCUCCGAACAGUAUAAUGAUCACAGCACCAAACACUUCAAAGCUCUAACCACCCAUUGUGUGCACAUGAAUUUAUCGUCUGGAAGAAUCUGGUGCUACAUCUGCGAAAAGGAGGUGUUUUUGCGCGAUCGACGAAAUUCUUUGAUUAGCAACGAUUCCAGUGAUGCCAGUCGAUAUUCGGAGAGAGUGAACGUAUACGAUCGCGGCGAUUCGGGUGAUAGUAGUGAUGAUGACGAUGGCAGCGGUCGACGAAAUUACGGAAGUGGUCUGAUUGGAUUACAAAAUAUUGCGAACACUUGCUAUAUGAAUGCUGCCUUGCAAGCUCUCAGCAAUACGCCGGCGUUGACGGGAUUUUUUCUGGGAUGCGGCAAUAUCAUCGAGAUAACCAACGAAAUGAUGAUGCAACAAACAAAUCAACGGAAAGCUGUACUAGCGCAAAGCUAUUAUCGACUUAUGCGUGAUAUGUGGAGCAGAAGUAAACGAACUAACGGCUAUAUUGUACCGAGCAGUAUUUUGAAUUGUAUUCGCAAUGUACAUCCAAUGUUUAGGGGCUACCAUCAACAUGACACUCAAGAAUUUCUCAGGUGCUUCAUGGACCAAUUGCACGAGGAACUGAAAGAGGUCGUUCAGUAUCCACCAAAUUCGGACCUGCUAUUUCCAAAAACAACCAUCAGUCAAAUCGACAGCGAAUCAUUCCGAACUGUCGACGAUGACGAUGUAUCGUGCUCGUCACCGUCUCUAUCUGAAGCAGAAUAUGAAACAUGCGACAGUGGAGUAUCGGAACAAUCCAGCCUAUCUGACGAGGCAUCCAUCAAGAGAUCUAUUUAUUCAUCGUCACCGCAACGAUAUUUUCGACCCUCUAGUCCCACCGCCAUUCUAACUAACCAAAGACAAACUAAAUCUAAUCAAUCAGCAAUUAAUACAAGCCGUUCCAGUUCGGUGACAAGUUCAAUGUCACCAGCCGGUUCAAAAGAUACCAGUGCCAAUUUACCAGCAAAAUUACCACAUCGGUCAAUUAUAAGUGAUGUAUUCGAUGGAAAACUACUGUCGUCGGUGCAGUGUUUGACCUGUGAUAGAGUGUCAACUCGGGAAGAAACAUUCCAAGAUUUAUCGUUACCAAUACCCGGCAAAGACCAUCUGAGCGUCUUACAACAACAGUCGCAAAGUGUUAUUCUGCAUCAGCCGAUCGGUAUAACAUGUACAGAUGCAUUUAAUCAAGUCACGCCAGAAGGGUGGUGGAACUGGUUGUAUCGAAAGUUGCAAUCGUGGAUUUGGGGACCGGCUGUGUCGCUUCAUAAUUGCAUGGCAGCAUUUUUCAGUGCUGAUGAGUUAAAGGGCGACAACAUGUACAGCUGCGAGAAAUGCAACAAACUGCGAAACGGCAUCAAAUAUUCACGAGUGCUACAGCUACCAGAAAUGCUGUGUGUUCAUUUAAAGCGAUUUCGGCAUGACCUAUCCUACAGUUCAAAGAUUACCAGUAUUGUGCAUUUUCCGUUACACGAUCUGGAUAUGAGCGCAUUCUUGCAUAAAGACUGUAAGUCGGAGAUAUCCAAGUACAAUUUAACAGCAGUGAUAUGUCAUCACGGAACUGUGGGUGGCGGCCACUACACCAGCUUUGCCAAACACGAAUCGAACGGCAGAUGGUACGAAUACGAUGACCAAUUGGUAACCGAAGUCAGCGAAGAAGUAGUAAAGAACUGUGAAGCGUACGUGCUGUUUUACCGGAAAAUCAAUCCCCAAAUGGAUGUCAUACGAGCUCAGGUCAUCAAAUUGGGCGAUGCUAAUUUGGAAAUGGCUGCAGCCGAUAUUCGGUUCUAUGUUUCGAAGCAGUGGUUCAACAAACUUCACACAUUCGCCGAACCGGGUCCGAUUGAUAAUUACGAGUUUCUGUGCCAACAUGGUGCAUUUUCUCCGUACAAAGCACCGAUUAAGAGUCAUCUGGUUGUGCCACUUCCUCAAGUGUUGUGGGACUUUUUGUUCAGGAAAUUCGGCGGUGGACCGGUAUGCAAUCAGUUGUACGAAUGUGAAAUUUGUCACAGAGCCCUGGAAAUGUUGUCGCGUCGACAGAAAAUUGAGCUCGACAUUUUUCAAAUGCAGAAAGAUGUGGAAACGCCAACCAUUUACGCAAUAUCGUUGGUGUGGCUGAAGAAGUGGCAGCGAUUUGUCAAUGGUGAAACGACUACUCUACCUGGUAAAAUAACGAAUGACGUGACUCAGUCCGAUGAUACACAACGGCAAUCGCGUCACGGUUCAGACUAUGCUCAGAUAAACUCACGUCUGUGGAAAUUCUUCUACGAUACCUACGACGGUGGACCGGAAAUCAUAUUAAAGGGAACUGGCGAAGAAUUAAUGGAGACUUCGUCCGAAUUGGCCAAUGAAAUUGAUGUCGAUGAAAUACAGUUGAUCGAUGACACGGCUCUGACAAACAAAUUGCCGGACCAACCCGUGGAACAUGUCAAUGAUAAACCACCGAAAACUGUCAACGAUAAACCACCGACGGCUGUUCAUCAAAAAGUUGCGAAAAGUGUUUCGUUCGAAGAUGAAGAUGUUCACUCCACCGGAUCGACCGAGGUACAAGAUGUUAUUCCACGCAUUGACAUAAUUGCUCGUGAGCGACGGCGCAGAAAUCGAAUGGAUCUAACGCCUAAACUAACAAAUUCGACGACUCCAUCGAAUGCAGAAAUCAUCAGCAAAAAGGAUAAGCGACAUUGCAGUGGCAUAACGACGAAUGGACUCUUCGGUCCUGAAGGUAAAUAUCAGGCAUCACAGACUCAACUGGACGAAUUCGUUGAUUCGUACCGAAGCGAUGGUGUGAAGAAUGCCGACGCCAAUGACACAGGUAAACGGAUGUACGAGGACGGCGGAUUGGCGAACGAAUCGAAGUGCAAAGACGCUGAGCCGCAACAUGUUCGCUCGAAAAUCUCUCCACAAAUGACCGAUGUACAUGCGUCACGCAAGUCUUAUCGUAAGAAGCAUAAGCUGAAGCACGAUAAGAAGAAAUCGUCAUACAAUCACUACAGUAGCAACAAUGGGGAAACGGUUCUCAGCGACAGCGAUGUCAAUUAACUAAUUUAAAAAAAUUCUUUUCUUGGUUUAUGGAAUAGUGGUGGCAUUCCGUUCACUUGGUUUAUGUUCUAUGGCUCUAUUAGUGUUGAGUUGAAUUAUUUUUUUUUGUGGUUCAGUUCAUAUUAUUGGUUGUUGUGAUGAGGUUUAAAAGAUUUCUUUUUUGUUUUUUUUUUUGUUAAUUUAUACCUUGUUUAUUCCCUAGCAUAACCGGAUAGCAUAAAUUUCAUUAAAACAUUCUAGAUUUAGAUAAA